ACAACGGGUUCAUGGCUCAUAGGCUAUUGAGAGAUGUUGAAGCUGAGGGAUGGGAGCGAUCUGACUUUCCGAUUAUAUGUGAGUCGUGUCUUGGUGAUAGUCCAUACGUUCGAAUGACUAAAGCUGAUUAUGAUAGCAAGAUUUGCACCCGACCCUUCACUGUUUUUAGGUGGAGGCCAGGUCGAGAUGCCCACAAGAAAACUGAGAUAUGUCAAACCUGCAGCAAGUUGAAGAAUGUUUGCCAAGUUUGUGUUCUGGAUCUUGAAUAUGGAUUGCCAGUUCAGGUCCGAGACACUGCGCUUAGUAUCAAUUCAAAGAGUGAAUACUUUGCUGAGGAGCAUGAGCGCAGGGCAGGAGCCGGGAUAGACGAUUAUGAAUCUUCGUAUGGGAAGGUCCGUCCAAAUGAUACUAUUUUGAAGCUUCAACGAACUACCCCAUACUACAAGAGAAAUGGAGCUCAUGUUUGCAGUUUUUAUGUUCGGGGUCAAUGUACAAGAGGUUUGGAGUGUCCUUAUAGGCAUGAGAUGCCUGAAACAGGGGAGCUGUCACUGCAGAAAAUUAAAGACCGCUACUACGGGGUAAAUGAUCCAGUUGCAUUGAAGUUGCUCAGCAAGCCCGAGUUUGAUGAAGCAAGACAGCAGGCUACUGUGGCUCAUAGUGGUUUGUUGCCAAGGGCUGUGAUAUCACAGCAGCAGAACCAGCCUCUUCCGCUCCCUGGUGGUAGCCAGGACCAACCUCCACCUAUGCCUUACUUCAACAUUCCACCAAUGCCUCCGCCGGACAGGGCGUUGUAUCCUUCUAUGGAUCCUCAAAGAAUGGGAGCUCCAUGCCUUUUCUGA